AUGACCACUGCUUCAAUGAUUACAGUACUUGGUGCUGUGAUGUUAGGUGUGUUGAUAAUGGCUGUUUCCUCAUAUGCUUGCGCACAUAGUGGUGUAGCUUAUUCGGUUGGAGUAGGAGAUCCGGUGUGUUGGUCCAUCCCUCCCCGACCGGAUUACUACACCAACUGGUCCGAUUCCCAUUUCUUUAAGAUCGGCGACACACUAGUUUUUAACUUUGAAGGGGGGCUUUCAAAUGUGGUGCAAGUGACAAAGCAAGACUACGAGACCUGCACAGCUUACAGGCCCUUUCGAAUCUUCAAUAACGGUCUUGCAAAUAUCACAUUGUUGGAUAAAGGUGUCUUGUACUUCAUUACAAACGUCUCAAACUACUGUAGUCUAGGGCAGAAGAUUUCCAUUUCUGUUCACGAUUGCGCCUGCCCCGUAAAUGAACCACCAAGUGCCCCCUCAGUUUCUCCAACUCCUGCUGCACUUCCUCCAUCUUCGAUCAGUCCGAAUAGGUCUCAGCCUCCUGCAGCACAAGUUAUUACUCCAUCGGGGGCUCCGUCCCCAUUAGGGUAUAAUGGUUCCUCCCCUCAGACUCGUCCUGCUGUGAAGUCUGCAGCAUCAAUGCUACAAAAAGGAAUGAUGCUUGGAGUUCUUCAUGCAAUAUUAUUUGGCUCAGUGUCGUUUGGUUUUUGGUCAUCUUAUUAA